CAUCCACCAUCUAUCAUAUGCGAGAAGAAUCGUUCUGUAGAAACAAUUUGCGUGGCUCCCGUGUACGGGGCUCCACACGAGGUCCCAAUAAAUUAUGCGAUAAACAACAUUCUCGAGAAAUGGGAUAAUAUAUGGAAAGAGAUCGUCGUGAAGAUCAAUGAUGACCGUCGGUAUACUCAGAAGAUGUACAACAGAUGA